CGUGUCCUCCAUCUCUAUUCUCGUCUCGCGUCGUAACGCGCCGCCGCAUAAAACACACGCAAGGACGUCGUCGUGGCUAGCUAGCCGACCCGCGCACGCAGCAGCAGCUCCCGCCCAUCGAUCGAUGGACGGCGAUACGACGUUCACGAAGCUGUUCGUGGGGGGCCUCGCGUGGGAGACGCGACGCGACACGGUACGGAGCCACUUCGAGCGGUUCGGCGAGAUCGUCGAGGCCGUCGUCAUCGUCGACAAGCACACCGGGCGCUCCAAGGGCUACGGAUUUGUGACGUUCAGGGACCCAGAGGCCGCGGCGCGGGCGCUGCAGGACCCGACGCCGGUGAUCGACGGGAGAAGGGCCAACUGCAAACUGGCGGCGUUUGGGAUACCCAGGCUGAGUCCCGCAAUGAUCGCGUGGUCUCCGUCGUACCAGGGCUGUCCUCCUGGUGCAAUGGCGACCUACUACUUCCCCCAACCUCUCUACGCCAACCCUUACUACUACUACGGGUAUGAUGGAGGAUAUUCUCCGGACAUAAUGUACCAAACGCAUAUGGGCUACUACGGCGGAUACGGGUACGGCGUAUCUGGAACACAGCAACAACAAGCGCAACCGCUCCCGUACAACACGGCUGCUAGGCCGGCCGGAGUUCACCAAGUCCAGCAUCUCCAGGCGGCCGGUGAUCAGACACGGAGCUCUCAUGCACCAGCCGUGCAAAAUUCGCAGACGUCGCAGCGCGACUACGUGCAGAAAACACAGCACAAGCCUCGGUCCUACGCCGCGGCCGUUGCAGAGAAACCCAGCGGUGAUGAAAUAGGAAGGACGGCAACUGGAAGCGUCUCAGGUGCUUCAGAAGGAUCGCCCGAUAGGACUCCUGUCUCUUGACAUCUUACCAGAAUCCUAGCACCCUCACGGUACACUCAUCCGAGCAAUUCGCUGUGACUAACUUCUGAGAUAUUCAGAAUUUACCCGUCAUUUUAAGACGACAAUGUAACUGCACUUUGUCCAAUAAGGCGCGUUCUGAAUCCAUAUCAGCUAAAUUUCAGCCUUUGAUAACUGCUUCUGUUAAUCGUU